UUGACCGUGCAAGGUGCUUUCACUCUACACAAUAUUUUUUACCCAUGUCAUUCAUUGCACGCCACCGAUCACCAUUAUGCUCAAGUGCAAAAUGGUCAUACUUCUCUUUGAUCGAGCCAUUACUGACACAUCGUCGCUCUUAUCUUCACAUGACGAAAACCAUGCCGAGUCGAGUAUGCAAUGUUCUAACUCUCAAGCCAAAGCGUUGCUUUCACAGUUCAGCUACUCGAUGGGCUGCUAAAAUGGAUCCAUAUCAGGUCUUGGGUAUAGACCGCUCGGCUUCUCAAAACGCCAUCAAAAAAGCAUAUUAUGCGCUGGCCAAAAAAUACCACCCUGAUACGAAUAAAGAAAAAGAAGCGCGAGAAAAGUUUGUGCAGAUUCAGGAAGCAUACGAACUCUUGUCAGACGAAGAAAAGCGAAAACAAUACGAUCAAUUCGGUCACGGUUUCGAAGGGGCUCCAGGCGCAGGCGGUUUUGGAGGUUUUGAAGGAGCCAAUCCGGGCGGCUUUGAUCCGAAUGACAUCUUUAGCCAAUUCUUUGGAGGCGGAUUCUCAGGAGGAUUUGGCGGCGGCGGGAUGGGCGGCGACCAUUUUCGUAACAUGAGCGGCGAAGAUAUUCAGACGCCGUUGACCAUCAGUUUCAUGGACGCGGUCAAAGGCACCACCAAACAUGUAUAUGUGGAUCGUGUCACGACUUGCAAAACAUGCAAAGGAAGUGGUUUAGGGGCCGGUAAACAGAAAUCCACGUGUCAAGUAUGCCACGGUUCGGGUAGGCAGACCGUAGCAAUGGGCGGUUUUCACAUGCAGUCUACCUGUCAAGCCUGUGGCGGGGCAGGAUCGUCCAUUCCGGCGGGCAGCGAAUGUUCAGCAUGCGACGGGAUUGGAAAAGUGCGUGAACAUGCAGCAGUCCAAGUAAAAAUUCCCCCGGGCGUUGAUAAUAAUUCGCGCAUUCGCGUUGCCGGUCAAGGCGAUGCUCCGAUGAAAGGUCACGGCAGUAAUGGCGAUUUAUUUGUUUCUCUUCAUAUCCAACCGUCCAAGGUUUUCCGACGUCAAGAUGCUGACAUUUUUGUCGAUGCCAAAAUUCCUUUUUACAAAGCCGUGUUGGGCGGCACCAUACGAGCUCCGACGAUUGACGGGACGGUGGCAUUAAAAAUACCCGUCGGAACACAGGCGGAUGAUCAUAUUGCUUUACGUGGAAGAGGCAUCCAACGGCUACGAGGUUCUACCCGUGGCGAUGAAAUAGUAACAGUGAAAAUAGAGUUACCAAGAUCCAUGACGGAUGAACAACGCAAACUGAUAGAAAAAUACGCUAGCCUGGUUGAUCCAGAAUAUCGCAAGGACAAUGGAGACAAGAAAUAAUACCUACCAUUAUUAAAAUGUUGGGGAGUAUGCGCGCUAAUUUUCAGUCACAAGGCAGUCACAUUGGGUUUUUGCUACAUUUGUCGGCUUUGAUUGGGUAAUUUUUGAAAAAAAAUAUAUAUGAUUGGUUGAAACGAAACCAGACAGCUGUUGAUCGGCCCGACCUUUGCGCUCGAAUUUAUAACAUGAAGCGUAAAGCUCUGAUGGAAGAUCUAAAGAAGAACCAUGUUUGGGAAGAGUCGUUACCCAUGUACACACGGCGGAGUUUUAGAAGCGAG